AUGCCCGAGAUCGACCACUACGAAAUCGACGAUUUCACAAAACCCUGGCUGGCAAAUGAUGUCGAGAUAGUUGUCUUUCAAGGGGGCAUUACGCGCCACACCAAAAUGCUCUUUAACGUCGUUCCGCUGCUGAGCGGGGAGGUGCGACUCAUUCGUCGCGAUUUGCGCGGACAUGGGCAAAGCUCGAUUGGAGACGAUAAGGGCUACAAGUACGAGCUCGAUACGCUGGUGGACGAGAUGGCCGAGUUCGUCGACAAGGUCGCUGGACGGCCAGUCCACUGGAUCGGCGAGAGCACCGCAGGCAUGCUCGCUAUUGCGUUUGCGCGCAAACAUCCCGACAAGGUCAAGUCUUUGAUCGUCAUGUCGACUCCGCUUGCACUAGGGUAUGAGCAGAAUGAUCCCUUCUCCGCAGGAUUUUGA